GUAUGUUCCAUGAACAAAUCCAUUUUCUACGAGUUUGACAGAUAAUCAACUGUCAGUUUUCCGAAACUUCGAAUAGAUAAUUUUAAUAAAUACUUUAUAAUGGAAGCUGUACCGAGGUUACCGAUGAUAUCCUUUCAAUUAAAAGUUAGUCCUGAAUUGACUACAUUUGGACCAAAGUUAAAGCAGUAUAUACGUGAUUUUUAUAAUGAAGAUCCGGAAUCAUACUCGCAUGAAAUACAUCAAUUAGAAAGUUUACGUGCAAUGGCUAUACGACCACCUAUUAAUGUAACUGGUUGUUCAUUGUUGAAAAAGUAUUAUUGUCAGUUACAUUUUCUUCAAAGUAGAUUUCCUAUGGGAAAAGAUGGUGCAGCAGCUGUUACAUUUACAUGGAGGGAUACAUAUGCAAAUAUGGUCUGUUCGUUAGCAAAUAUUCGCUUUGAAAUCAUUUCAAUCUUGUAUAAUAUUGGUGCAAUGCACACUCAGUUGGGAGCACUCACUGAAAGGACAUCAGCAGAUGGGAUGAAAAUGGCAUGUUCUCACUUUCAAUGUGCUGCAUGGGCUUUUGAGCAUUUAAAGAACAGUUAUCCACAACCAUCUGGUGUAGAUUUAGCACCAGAACUAAUGACAUUUAUGCAUCAACUUUGUCUAGCUCAAGCGCAAGAAUGUAUAUUGGAAAAGAGUAUGCUUGAUAAUCGUAAACCCACAAUUGUAGCAAAAGUCGCAAGACAAAUAGUGGAUUAUUUUACUCUGGCAUUAUCUACCCUUGAACAAGGUGGGAGUGAGGAUGGAACUAUAUCAGAUACAGUUGGUACUAAAAUCUAUAAGAGCUGGAAACAUUAUCUGAAAUUCAAGAAAGCUUAUCACUUAGCAGUUACAUAUUUAUAUCAAGGCCUAGCUGCUGAAGAGCAAAGGAAAAUGGGUGAAAGAGUGGCAUUUUAUAAUGCUGCAUUAACUUCUUUGAAUGAAGCACAAUUAAUUUAUUCGAAUAUUCCUGGAGAGAAAACAAUUAUAGAGGAAGCGCUCACAUUUACAAACGACGUGAUAGAAGGGAAACGUAAGGCUGCAAAAAAUGAAAAUGAAUUUAUAUACCAUGAGGAAAUUCCUGAAAAAGAAACACUACCUACAAUAAAGGGAGCCCCUUUAGUUAAAGGGAUGUCGUUUAGUAUUAACGAUUCUGAAAUUUCAGGUCCUGAUAUAUUUGCCAGAUUAGUACCAAUGAAGGUACAUGAAGCGAGUUCUCUAUAUUCGGAAGAAAAGGCAAAACUAUUGCGAUCUGUCGGUAGUAAAAUCGAGGACAAAGAUCAGCAACUCAAUACCUAUCUUACGUCCUUAAAAUUAGAACAUAUGAGUUUAUGGGAUCCCGAUGCUCAAACUACGGAGUGGGAGCGUUUACCUCUUCCUGAGGAAUUAGUUGAGAGAUGCGCGGCAUUAAACGCAAAGCAGCACGUCAUUCAAGAUUUAGUUGACAUAAUGAGGAAAUUGUGUGAUACUAGCGAUGACGUUGAAAAAAUAUUAAAAGAAAUUAAGAAGCUUCUCUUGGAUGAAGAACAAAAAGAAAAAGAAUACCAGGAUGCAGUUGGAAAGAGACCACCGUCUAUAGUAGCUACUGAUUUAACAAGGGAAGCUAAGAAAUACGAAGAGGCUCAUAAUAAAGCUUCUGAAAGCAAUCACGCUCUUCGUAAAGCAAUAACGAUGCUUGUGAAGAAUUUAAAAAUACUUUCACAACCACUUGCCGACCUCAUGGCCCAUAUACCUUCGCCAAAACAAAAUACUGAAAAAUCGCAUAGCGCGAUUGAAUUAGAACGAAUGCAUACAAAGGAAUUGAAACGUAUUUUGUACAAAGUAGACGAAAUGCGUUUACAGAGAAACGAAUUACAUACAAAAUUGCGAGAUUCAGUUGCACAGGAUGAUCUGACACGCUUAUUAGUUACUGCCACGUCUGAUUCUGGACCCUUGGAUCGUUUAUUCGCGGAUCAACUUAGUAAACAUCAGACUCUGGUGUCGUUGAUUGAGCAAAAUCUUGCCGCGCAAGAGAAUAUUUUAGCAGCUUUAACAGAUGCUUAUGCUCAAACUGCUAAUGUACGAAAGGGAGUCGAAGAGAUAUUAAAGCGGCGAGAACAUACAAUUACUUCCUUAAUUGCGUCUUACGAUGCUUACGAAGAUUUAUUAGUAAAGUCUAACAAAGGUCUCGAAUUUUAUAGGAAAUUAGAAAUAAACGUUUCAAAGUUACUUCAGAGAGUGAAGAGUACUUGUAAGGUGCAAGAAGAAGAACGUGAACAUAUACUUGCACAGGACAGUAAUAAAAAUACUCAAGAUAAAGUGGACACGGCGAUAGCAGCUGCAUAUGAUCAGAAACGCAGUCGAACAAGCAGCGGACUUAAAUUAAAAGAUUACUUAAAUAACAGGCCGGAGAAUGUUUCAAAUCAAUAUUAUAAUGUAUAUAAAGGACAAGGUAAACAAGUUCAAAUGGAUGUUACAACAAAAACAUAUUAUAAUGACACAGUAAAUAAGGGUGCAGUACAUCCUAGUGGAAUGCCUGCAUUAGAUGCAACAAUAUCAUCUGCGAAACCUAUGCAGCAAUAUUAUCUUGCACCAUAUACAGAUUACAAAGCAAAUUUACCCUAUUCUCAUGAAGCGUCUACCUAUAACGAGAAUGUUGCUUUAAAUCAAAAUUAUAUGCAAAUAAAUAGCUCAGACAUUGCAAAUACUUAUUCACAAGGAAUUGCAACAAAUACGACGACAGAUACUACAGUGCAGUAUCCAGUAAAUUCUUAUAUAACCAAUGGACAAUUUCCUACAGCUUUGGAUGGACAACAUAAGUAUUCCACUAACACUCAACCACAGUAUAAUUAUCCUAGUAAUACGAUGCAGUACGAGGCUUACCAGCCUUCUGUUGACUAUACUGGAUAUAACGUUGCACAGCAAUAUCCUUCUAAUCUUGAUAAGACUGUUAGUAUUACUACACCUGAGGUACCUCCUCCACCAUCAGCGAUACCACAAACAGCUAUACCUUCAUCGAAUACAGUGAAUAAAACUACAGAUGUGCAACCACAUUCUUAUACUACCGUGGCUCAAGGGCAGCAACACAUACCUGAACCACAGCAAAAUUUUGUCUCUCAAGAAUCCCUUGCAAUUGUUAGAAGUCAGCAAGUACUAUCAAUGGAUAAUACUCAAAUACAAAAUUAUAUUCCUCAAGUUAACCAAACCGAAGUUCCGCGUACUCAAGGUUACAAUGGUGGAAUGUAUUAUACCCCAUCCGAAUCUCGUACUCAACAAGGUACAUCCAGUCAAAAUACACCUGGGACGACGAAUAUUUCUGCCUCUACGCAGUACAUACAAACACAAUAUAUGAACACGAACAUUCCUCAGUCUGUUCAUUCUACUACCUCGUUAACUGCUCCAGUAAAUGACAUGGCUAUUUCGUAUCCUUCAACUUCCAACUUCAAUUCACAAUACCCGCAACCGAGUGGUACGGAGCAGAAUAAACAAAUUUAUACCGACAAAGCGUAUCAAUAUGCACCACAAGUAUCUACCAAUGACACAAAUUUGAGUUACCCUAAUACUUAUCACGGUUUGCAGCAUCCUACUGGUGCUUCAUAUCCACAAAGCAUGUUGUCCACCAAUACAGGUAGUACAUACGCGUACACGAACUCUUCGACCAAUACAGAAAUAAUUCAAAGUCACACAAAGUCUGCAGCAGGUGUGCAGAACUAUUCACAAACAUACCAGUAUCCACAACAAUCACAUUACUCUGGUUAUGGUGCCUAUUACAAUCAAGGAUACAAUUACAUGCAAGGAAAUCAAGGAAACAGUGCAAUGACAGAGUCAUACAACAAAGGCCAAAUAGGAUACACUUAUAAUCCUACGACUCAAUGUUAUGAAUACAAUCCUAGCAGUCUUCAAACUUCACAAUCCCUUCAAGAUUCGCAACAACCCUCUGAAUUAACACCUCAAAUAAAUACUGGUAUCAAUAGUAAUUCGUAUCAGCAACAAGAAAGUAAUGCAAGAUACACGAAUGCUAGUAAUAAUUCUAUGGUCAGUCAAACUCCAUCUUCUCAAUAUUCUGGACAGAGCUAUCAGUCUCAAAGUUCAAGUGAUAUUUAUUAUACUACUCCAUAUGGUCUUCAAAUGCAAAAUCAAGCAUCCAUUAAUAAAAAUGAAAACUACACUAAUUACAACCAGACAUACAUGCAAGCUGUUAAUAAUGGAACUAAUACAACAACAAGUGCAAAUCCUACCAAAACUGCUACAAAGUCAGAGAAGUCUAAUGUAGAUUUGCUUGCUGAUCUUGAUGUUACCAUAAAUCAUGCACCUUUAGUACCAGAAGUACGUCCUCUCAAUAAAGUUCAAGAAGAAACUACAACGAAAGACGCUGUUAGCGACGACAAUAAAAAAAAGGACGAAGAUGAACAAAUUAAUGCUCAGUCCAUUGUUACCGAAGAUAAAACGGACAAUGAAAAUUUACAAAUCGUUUGGGACACAUGGUACAAUGACGUACAGCCCAAAAAAGAUCCUUUAGGAGAUCCAGCAGCUUUACAGAAGUUCAUCAGUGAAGUUGAGAAAUAUGAGAAAUUUGUAGAUAGUUUACUUGUUAAAACAUUAAGCGGAGCGACUAAUCUUGACAUAAAAUGGAAGGAAGUUCAAGAAUUUGAAGAAAGAGAGAGUGGAAAACAAUCGUGUACAGUAGCUUUAGCUCAUUCUUCAGAAAAUAGGGUAAUGGAAUGUAUCCCGUAUGAUACAACGAGGGUACAAAUAUCAUCGACAGAUAUUCCAAACUAUAUUAAUGCUUCACACAUAAUGGAAAUUACUCAAUGGAUACCAACAGCAUUUAUUAUUACUCAAGCACCAUUACCAAACAUAUUAGAGGUAUUUUGGAUGAUGAUAUGGGAACAAGAGAGCGAAAUAAUUGCGUGUUUAGUAUCUGAUGCACAGUUAAACGGAGAGAUAUAUUGGCCUAUAAACGAAGAGGAUAUUCUGAGUGUUGGUAGCUUUACAAUUUCGUUAAAAAGAAGAGUGAAUCAUGUGUCCUAUGUUCAGAGAGUUAUUUCUGUACACAAUAUUAAGAAAAAUUUGGAAAAGACUGUCGUGCACAUGCAAUUCCUUACAUGGCCUUCAAAUGGUUUUCCUAGUAGUCCAGGAGCAUUGCUUACAUUCUCGACAGAUGUAAUGACAGAACAAGCCUUGAGACGUUGUACAAAACCGAUAGUGGUACAUUGUUUGGAUGGUGGAGCAUUAAGUAGCCUGUUCUUAGUUGCAGCAGCAACAGUGUGUCAUAUACGUGCUGGCUGCGGAAUAGUCAAUGUACCUCUCGUAUUCAAGGGUCUUCUGAAGUGCCGCAAACAAGUUGUAAAUAAAGAGUCCUUGCUAUUUGCGUAUCAAUUGGUAUUAUACCAUGCCCAGGACAUUUUAAUGAAACGUGGUAUCUUAUCUUCUACUCGUUCGACAUUUGAAAACUUCGAAGGACUGAAAGGAAACAAGGAUAAAACGUCAAGAAAGAUGCAUCCUUCCGACGAUUUUCUCCAGAGUCUUGGUAUCAAUGCCCAACGACCAGAUACUGAAGGUCGACAAAAAGGGUCAACUACUAGCGGUGCAACGCAUUCUGCUACAACAUCGAUUCAAGAGAAAUCUAAAGAAGGAGCGGUCGAUCCACUGAGUCAACUAGAUCCAUUAUGGUCCAUUAGGAGAUAAUCAAACACAUUUGCAAAUGAAAUUUUCUUAUGCACCAAUUGAUAAAUUUAUUAUUAUUUAACCGAACAUAUUGCAUUCCUAAGUUUCUUAAAUUAAUGAUACUACU